AUGGCCAAAGCCCACGAGAGCCUCUCCGACGACGAGACCAAGACCGACGGUGGCGCCGCGCGCCGCCGAGACCCCCGCCUCAAGGAGCUUGGCAUCUCCUGCAUGCUCAACACCGAAGUCGGCUCCAUCCUCGCCGUAAUCCGCCGCCCCUCCCCGUCCGACCCUAUCGCCGACGACCCCACUGCCUUCUCCACCGCCUCCUCGCACCUCGUCAACUCCCUCAAGUCCCUCCGCUCCCUCAUCUUCCACCCCCGCCACUCCGCCUGGCGCUUCACCGACCCCUCCGUCUACCUCUCCCCCUUCCUCGACGUCAUCCAGAGCGACGACGUCCCCGCCGCCGCCACCGGUGUCGCCCUCUCCGCCGUGCUCAAGAUCCUCCGCCUCGACGUCUUCGACGAGCGCACCCCGGGCGCCCGCGAUGCUAUACACUCUAUCGUCUCCGCCAUUACGAACUGCCGCCUCGAGCGCACCGACCCUAUCUCCGAGGAUGCCGUCCUCACGCGCGUUCUCCAGCUCCUCUCCAUCGUCCUCCGUGCCCGCGCCUCUGUCCUCCUCACUGACCACGCUGUCUGCACCGUCAUCAAUGCCUGCUUUCAGGUCGUCCAACAAUCGGCCCACCGCACCGACCUCCUCCAACGGAGCGCCCGCCAUACCAUGCACGACCUCGUGCAAGCCGUCUUCGCCCGUCUCCCAGAGGUCAGGGCUGCAGAGAGCGGCGACCUGGGCUCCGACCUAGAGGACGAUGACGGGCCACCCGUCGGAUACGGGGCUCGGUGCAUGGUGGACAUCUUCCACUUCCUAUGCUCGCUGCUCAAUGUGGGCGAGAUGGUCGAUUUUAUCGAGGGUUACGGGUCGCCGUCGAUCAGCUCCGACGAGGACGUCCAACUUUUUGCGCUCGUGCUGAUCAACUCGGCGGUGGAACUAGGGGGCGAAGCGAUUGGGAAGCACCCGAAGCUUCUUAGGAUGAUCCAAGACGAUCUCUUCCACCAUCUAAUCCACUAUGCGACGCGCUCGAGCCCGCUCGUCCUAUCGAUGAUCUGCAGCACAGUCCUGAAUCUCUACCAUUUCUUGCGCCGGUCUCUGAGGCUCCAGCUCGAAGCAUUCUUUACGUAUGCGCUCCUGCGAAUCGCAGCAGGAAUCGGUGGAAUUCAGCUUCAGGAAGUGGCGAUUGAAGGGGCCAUCAGCUUCUUGCGCCAGCCAACGUUCGCCAUUGAGACGUACGUUAACUACGACUGCGACCCGAUCCGCCACAACGUGUUCGAGGAAAUGCUCAAGCUCCUCUGCAAGAUCGCCUUCCCCGUAACCAACCCCGCGUUGCCGAUGCAGAUUCAGGCAUUUGAAGGCCUAGUCAGUGUGAUCUCCAACGUUGCCGACCGAAUCGAGGUCGAGAAAUCCCCUGCUCGUGACUCCUACAACCUCGAGCUCUCCGACUACAAACCCUUCUGGAUUGAGCGGUGCGAAGAAGACGAAAGCAAUCCCGAUACCUGGGUCGACUUCGUUCGAACAAGAAAGCUGAGGAAGAAAAAGAUAAUGAUCGCAGCUAACCAUUACAACCGGGACGAGAAGAAGGGUUUCGAUUACCUAAACCUUUCUAAUUUGGUACCGAGCCCUCCCGACUCGAAAAGCUUGGCAUACUUCUUCCGCUACACCCCGGGGUUGGAUAAGAACAAGAUCGGGGAUUAUCUCGGUGAUCCGAGCGAGUUCAACCUCAGUGUUUUGAAGGAGUUCACAGAAACCUUCGAUUUCUCCGGUGUGAUCCUCGACAUUGCACUUCGGACUUACCUAGAGACCUUUCGCCUCCCAGGGGAGUCACAGAAGAUUCAAAGAAUUCUCGAGGCCUUCUCUGAAAGAUUCUACGAGCAGCAGUCGUCAGAGAUCUUUGUCAGUAAAGACGCCGUGUUCAUUCUCUGCUACUCGCUCAUCAUGCUCAACACCGAUCAGCACAAUCCCCAGGUGAAGAAGAAGAUGACCGAGGAAGAGUUCAUAAGGAACAACAGGGCCAUUAAUGGCGGAAUGGAUCUACCGAGGGAGUACUUAUCGGAGCUCUUUCAUUCGAUCUCGACGAAUGCGAUCACGCUGUUCGGCCAAACGGGCCUGCCCGUCAAGCUGAACUCGAAUAAGUGGGCCGAUCUGGUCAAGCGAUCGAGAACCGUCGAGCCUUACAUCACGUGCGAGUUCAAGCAUAAGCUGAGCCGCGAACUGUUCGCGGCGAUCUCGGGGCCCGCCGUGGCGACUCUCGCCGCCAUUUUUGAACACACAGAGGACGAAGAGAUUUUACAUGAGUGCGUUGAAGGGCUGAUUUCCGUGGCACGGAUCGCGAGGUACGGAUUGGAAGAUAUAUUAGAUGAGCUUCUUUGUUGUCUCUGCAAGUUCACCACUCUUCUAAACCCUUACGCCACCGCGGAGGAAACACUCUUCACCUUUAGCAACGAACUGAAGCCGAGAAUGGCGACGUUAGCUCUCUUCACCAUCGCAAACAAGUACGGGGAAUCGGUCCGCGGCGCGUGGAAAAACCUGGUCGACUGCUUGCUGAAACUCAAGAGGCUGAAAGUAUUGCCGCAAUCGGUGAUCGAGCCCGGCAACACCUCGGCUGCCUCAAACUCUGAUGUGGCUGCCCAUCCAAAGACUGAAUCGGGCGUCAUCUUCCCUUCCUCUCACAGCGGUUUUGGCGGCACGAGCCGAUACGUCUCGGGCCUGAUCGGGCGGUUCUCGCAAUUCCUAUCCCUAGAAACCGGUGCCGACUCGAUGCUUAAUGCCGGGAGCGAGUUCGAGAACAACUUAAAGAUAAUCCAGCAGUGUCGGAUCGGGAGCAUAUUCACAGAGAGCUCGAAACUCCCCGACGAGUCGCUCCAGAACCUCGGCCGCGCGCUGGUGUUCGCAGCGGCGGGGAAAGGGCAAAAAUUCAGUACUCCGGUCGAAGAGGAAGAGACGGUCGGCUUCUGCUGGGACCUCCUCGCGAUGAUCACUACCGCAAACCUGCACCGAUUCACCGCAUUCUGGCCCCAGCUCCACGACUCCUUCGCCGUGGUCUCCCAAUUCCCGCUCUUUUCCCCGUGCCCCUUCGCCGAGAAGGCGAUCGUCGCGCUCUUCAAAAUCGCCCUGAAGCUCCUCUCCGGCCCCGCCCCGCGGCUCGACAAGCUCCCUGAGGAGCUCAUAUUCAAAUCGAUAAACCUAAUGUGGAAGCUCGACAAGGAGAUCCUCGACACCUGCUGCGAGAGCAUAUCGGAGAGCACGAGAAAGAUACUGAGCGAGCACCCGAGGAACGUGCAAACGGCGCUGGGUUGGAAGACCCUCCUGCACCUGCUCUCGGUGACCGGGCGCCUCCCGGAGACCUUCGACCAAGGCGUCGAGGCCAUAAUCAAGCUGAUGAGCGAGGGCACCUACGUGACCCGGCUCAACUACGCCUACUGCAUCGAAGCCGCGUUCGGGUUCGCGGCGCUGAAGAUAAGCCCCCUGGAGACGAGCUCCAAGAUCCUAGACCUAAUGGCGGGAUCGGUGGAUUGGCUAAUCCAGUGGCACAAAUCGGGGUUCUCCGACCCCGGGAGCGGCUGCAACAGCGGGAGCAGCUUCACGAGCAAUUCGUCGAGCACCUCAUCUGCGGACGAGCCGGGGCAGAGGGGGAGCCCUGGCUUAGCGGCGAGCCUGUUCGUGAAGCUCGCGGAGGCGCUGCGGAAGACAAGCCUGGUGCGGCGGGAGGAGAUCCGGAACCAGGCGGUGGCGGCGCUGCGGCGGUGCUUCGCCGCGGCGGCGCCGGCGGCGGCGGACGCGGCGGCGGAGGAGGCGGCGGCGGCGGCGCCUCUGCUGGGGAUGGGCCCGGCGAGCAUGCUGGCGUGCUUCAACCAGGUGGUGUUCGCCAUGGUGGACGACCUGCUGGAGAAGAUGCUGGAGUACGCGCGGCGGGAGAACUCGGAGCGGGAGAUGCGGAGCAUGGAGGGGACGCUGAAGUCGGCGAUGGACCUGCUGGCGGAGGUGCUCGUGAUGUUCCUGGUGCCGAUUUCGCAGAGCCCCGGGUUCAGGUCGUUCUGGCUCGGGGUGCUGCGGCGGAUGGACACGUUCAUGAAGGCGAGCCUCGGGGAGGCGGGGGAGUCGGCGCUGAUGCAGGAGACGGUGCCGGCUUUGCUGAAGCGGAUGAUACUGGAGAUGAAGGAGAAAGAGGUGCUGGUGCAGAGAGAAGGGGAUGAGCUGUGGGAGAUCACCAACAUUCAGAUCCAGUGGAUUGCUCCCUCUGUCAAGGAGGAGCUGUUCCCUGAAGAGUUUUAACUUUUAAGUUUUAACUCUCUUCUUUUUGUUUUUCCAUUUUUUAAAAACUUCUUAAAUCUAUAGAGUUUCCUGAGCUGUAAAUUCUUUUUUCGUUUUAAGAAAAGAAUCUCAAUAU